AUGUCGACCGUACGCGCCGUUCGCGCCGCGAUCACCGCUUCGCGCUCGACCUCAAGCGUCAUUGCAUUUGCUUCGCGCCUCACCGCUCGCGCGUCCUCCACGCUCGCCGUCGACGCGUGCUGGAACUGUGGAGACCUCUCGCCAACGAACCCGGCCGCGUCGAGUUUGGACUUCUUCUGCGUCGCGUGCGGGAUGAUUCAGCCCCCGCUCGUCGAUGGAAAUCACUUCAAAGUCCUCGGGGUGGAGGAACGAUUCGCGGUGGACGCGAGCGAACUCGAGGACGCGAUGAGGCGACGACAAAAGGUUUUGCAUCCGGAUAAGUUCAGCUCGGCGAGUGAGACGGAGCGCGAGCACAGUGCGAAUCAAGCGUCGGCGGUGAAUGCGGCGUACGGGGUGCUGCGGGAUCCGUUGCGGCGGGCGAAGUACAUUUUGGAGACGCGCGGUUGGGGGGUCACCGAGCGGGACGGGCGGGAGACGCCAGUGGAUCCGGAGCUUCUCAUGGAGGUGAUGGAGGCGCGAGAGGACAUCCUCGAGGCGAAGGGUGACGCCAAAAGGUUACGCGAGCUCCUAUCCGAGCACAGCGCGACGGUGGAGAAGUGCAUUCAGGACACGAGAGAAGUAUUGGACGCGAAAGUCUUCGACGGUGAACGCGCGAAGGACGUCGUGUUUCGGUUGACGUACUUCGUAAAAGUGAUGGAGGAGAUUAAGGACCUGCUGUAG